UCGAUUGUUUUGAAAAUCAGGUCCAAAUCGCUACGCUGUCAUAGACAACGUAACUGUCAAAUGAAACCUUGUGGAUCGUUCUUUCUUACUUGUUGACGUUUGUUCAAGACGAACGUUAUUCUUUCGGCAUUACACGUUUCGUGUCAAUUAGGACUUAAAAAAUGCGUUACGUGGCCGCGUAUUUACUGGCUGUGCUGGGUGGCAAGACCACGCCAGCUGCCGCUGACGUUGAGAAGAUCCUCAGCUCCGUCGGUAUCGAAGCUGACGCUGAGAAGCUUAAGAAAGUAAUCACUGAGCUCAACGGCAAGGAUGUUGAACAACUUAUUGCGGCCGGACGUGAGAAGCUGUCGUCAAUGCCAGUAGGAGGCGGAGCACCUGCAGCGGCUGCUGCAGCUGCCCCAGCUGCUGCUGCUGCUGAGGAGAAGAAAGGUAAUUUCAAAAUCAAGAUAAAAAAUAAGUAAAUUAUACCAAUUUUGAAUUCUCUGUCUAAUCCUUCGACUUUGAAUUACAGAGGACAAGAAAGAGGAGAAGAAAGAAGACUCUGAAUCUGACGAUGACAUGGGCUUCGGUCUCUUUGACUAAACUUUACAAA